GUGUAUGACGGAGUCGAACCCAACCGAACCCAAAACCAAAUCCAAACCAUACAGAUUAUAAUAGAAAUCAAAAUUUAGGUGCUGUUCAUCUAGUACAAACACAAAGCGCAAAGCGCAUUUUCUUCCAAAUUCCGAGAAUCUACCUUCUCGCUUUCUUUCUGUGUCUUUCUUAGUUUCCAUAUUAAUAUCCAUCCCUCUCUUUCAGGCACAUACACGCGCUCUCACGCACAUACUAAAAUCCUCUCUCUGUGGCCUCAAAACUCCUCCGCAGGAGACGCUCUCUCUCUCUCUCUCUCUCUCCAAACCCACUUUCUCUCUCUCUUUUACAGCCAGAACUUCCAAAACCCAACUCUUCUGUUUCUUUCCCUGUCUUACUAUUGUACUUUCUUUAUCUUGUUCUCUUCUCAAAAUAUUGUCUUUCUGCGUUUCCGAAGAAACCCAUUUGUUAUUUCGUGAUAAGAUUACCAAUGAACUGAUUAUUAAGUUUUGCUUUUUUUAUUUUAUUUUAUUUUAUUUUAUUUUUUCAUAUUUAGCAACUCUGCAACACAGGAACGCAGCUAUGCAUAACCCUUCGACUGUAACCUAUGAUUCCAGUACCGUCUAUGAUUUUGUAUCCCAAUUGGGUAGCUUUCCAUUCAUUUCGAGUCUCCGAAGCUUUGGCUCAGAUGGGUAUGCUUCUUCCACGUCCAAUUUCUUGUUCUUUGAUGGGUUUGGGGGAUCGUUUACUAAGACAAAGUCCAAGGUCGGUGCUUCGUUGAAGUUGAGUUGUAGAGGCGGUUCGACCUUUCGGAGAAUUGUGAGUGAGUUUAAUAGAGCCAUUAGGUUCCACUGUGAGAAAAUCCCAAUUGGGUUUGCUUCGGUUCGAAUUGGUAACGGUGAUGAUGACGGUUCGAGGGAUAAUAAUGGCGCUGGGAACAAUAAUAAUGGCUUAAGAGAAGAUGGGUGUGGUGUUUUGGAGGAUAAUGGCUUGCCAUUGAAUGGUGUGGAAACAGAAAACCCGAAAAAAGUUCUUAUUUUGAUGAGUGAUACUGGUGGUGGUCACCGAGCUUCAGCCGAAGCUAUAAAAGCAGCGUUUAAUGAAGAAUUUGGGGAUGAAUAUCAGGUGUUUGUCACGGAUUUAUGGUCAGAUCAUACCCCAUGGCCAUUUAAUCAACUUCCCAGGAGCUAUAAUUUCUUGGUCAAACAUGGGCCUUUAUGGAAGAUGACAUACUAUGGAACUGCACCCCGUGUUGUGCAUCAGUCGAACUUUGCUGCAACUUCGACUUUUAUAGCUCGAGAGGUUGCCAAAGGACUGAUGAAAUACCAGCCAGAUAUUAUUAUCAGUGUACAUCCACUGAUGCAGCAUGUACCACUUCGGAUCUUGAGGUCGAAGGGCCUAUUACAGAAGAUUGUGUUUACCACAGUAGUCACAGAUCUAAGCACAUGUCAUCCUACAUGGUUGGUUAAGCAGAGUUUCUUUCAACACCCUGGUCUUUUCUUUGUUUUAAUAGUGUGUCUCUUUGUAUACAGGUUUCAUAAACUGGUUACAAGGUGCUAUUGCCCAACAACAGAAGUAGCAAAGAGAGCACUGAAAGCUGGACUUCAGCCUUCUCAAAUCAAGGUUUAUGGCCUCCCUGUGCGACCUUCAUUUGUUAAGCCAGUUCGACCAAAGGUGGAACUAAGGAGAGAACUGAGCAUGGAUGAGGAUCUUCCUGCUGUAUUGCUGAUGGGUGGAGGUGAAGGGAUGGGCCCUAUCGAGGCUACUGCUCGUGCACUUGGGGAGUCAUUGUAUGAUGAGAAUGUUGGGGAGCCAAUAGGUCAGAUUCUUGUGAUAUGUGGCCGCAACAAAAAGCUCAUGAACAAAUUGCUUUCAAUUGAUUGGAAAGUUCCCGUCCAGGUGAAGGGUUUUGUCACUAAAAUGGAGGAAUGCAUGGGAGCCUGUGAUUGCAUCAUUACAAAGGCUGGCCCAGGAACUAUUGCAGAAGCUAUGAUACGAGGCCUUCCCAUUAUUUUGAAUGGUUAUAUUGCUGGACAGGAAGUUGGUAAUGUGCCUUAUGUGGUUGAAAACGGGUGUGGGAAAUUCUCUAAAUCUCCAAAAGAAAUUGCAAGUAUUGUGGCUCAGUGGUUUGGACCGAAAGCCUAUGAACUCAAAGCCAUGUCACAAAAUGCAUCGAAGCUGGCUAGGCCUGAUUCUGUAUUUAAGAUUGUUCAUGAUCUUCACGAGCUUGUUAGACAAAGAAGCUUUGUUCCCCAGUAUUCAUGUACGACAUAAUUUUGUUACCCUCUGGAUCAGUUUUGCUGUGAGUUUCCAUAGAUGUGUAUCAUUGAGCAAAGUAGAUAUCAAAAUUCAACCCCCUUCUCGCUCCA